AUCAUGUGUGCCAGCGGUGACACUAUCAGGAACAUCAUGUUGUCUGCUCAUCGGCAAGGAAUGACCAAUGGGGACUACGCUUUCUUCAAUAUUGAACUCUUCAACAGCUCAUCAUAUGGAAAUGGCUCUUGGAGAAGAGGAGACAAACAUGACCUUGAAGCCAAGAAAGCAUACUCAUACCUGCAAACCAUCACUCUGCUGAGGACCGUGAAGCCUGAGUUUGAGAAGUUUUCCCUGGAGGUGAAGAGUUCUGUUCAGAAGCAAGGUCUUCAUGAGGAUGACUAUGUGAACAUGUUUGUGGAAGGAUUCCAUGAUGCUAUUCUUCUUUAUGCUCUAGCUUUACAGGAAGUCCUGAAGUUUGGUUUCAGUAAGAAAGAUGGGGAAAAAAUUGUUCAGCAAACACGGAACAGAACAUAUGAAGGCAUUGCAGGGCAGGUGUCCAUUGAUGCCAAUGGAGACAGAUACGGGGAUUUCUCUGUGAUUGGGAUGACAGACCCAGAGGCAGGCACACAGGAGGUAAUUGGGGACUACUAUGGAAAGCAGGGGCGUUUUGAAAUUCGAUCGAAUGUGCAAUAUCCUUGGAAUCAUGGCAGGCUGCGACUCGAUGAAAGUCGAGUUUCAGAGCACACAAACAAUACACCGUGUAAAUCAUGUGGUCUAGGAGAAUCAGCAGUUACAGGAAUAGUUGUGGGCGCCUUACUUGGAGCAGGAUUGCUAAUGGCUUUUUACUUUUUCAGAAAGAAAUACAGAAUAACUAUUGAGAGACGAACUCGACAGGAGGACUGUAACAUGGGGAAACAUCGGCAGUUACGUGAAGACUCCAUUAGAUCUCAUUUUUCUGCUGCAUAA